AUGUCAUCCGGCAGCCAGAAGUCGACUGUACAAUGUGCCGUGUGCAAAAAGGUGAAGACUGGAAAGAUGGUGCAAUGCGACGCAUGUGACCAAUGGAGUCAUUUUGCAUGCGUGGGCGUGGAUGACAGCAUUGCAGACCUGCCUUGGAGUUGCGAAAAAUGCAACACGGUAAUGCAGGUUUCAGAAGCGGUUCCGAAUAAGGCACCAAGUGAGGAGGACUUGGUAAGUAAGGGCGGUUCAAUCAUGUCAAGAAACAGCAUGAGAAUCGAACUGCAGUACUUAGAAGAGCAAAGAAAAGCCGAAAUGAAAUAUAUAGAAAAGAAACGUACAAUAAUGCUGAAGUAUGUAGGCGAGGAUGAUGUUAAGGGUGAAGGCAUGAGUGAGGUAAGGACACAUAGGACGCUAGAAUGGGUGAAGAAGCAGGUUGGUAUGAACAACGAUGACAGCAAGCCAAACGAAGGUUGUGGUGUUCAGUUGGGUGGUUCAGCUGAUAGGGCGGAAGCCCAAGCAGUAUCGAAAGUUAUACCGGCGCUGAUGAUAGAACAAAUUAAUGCGCGUCAUGUCGUUCCACGAGAUUUGCCUAUAUUUACCGGAAAACCGGAAGAGUGGCCACUUUUCUACAGCAGUUUCAGCAAUUCAACACGUUUAUGCGGUUUCAGUGAAGACGAGAAUCUUUUACGAUUGCAACGUGCCCUUAAGGGUAAGGCACUUGAAUAUGUUAGCAGUAGGCUCAUGAUACCAGCAUUAGUGCCGGAAAUAAUGUCAACUCUUCAAAUGGUAUUUGGAAGACCAGAACACAUAAUCAAUAACUUAAUUACUAAAAUUCGAGCAGUGUACAUUAAUAUAAAUAAACUGGACACAAUUGUUACGUUCGCCUUAGAGGUAAAGAAUCUGAUCGCAACUAUGGAGGCGUCAGAGUUGCAUUCACACUUAGUGAACCCGUUGCUUAUCCAAGAGCUUGUGGAAAAACUACCACCGCAGAUGCGAUUGCAGUGGGCUGUUGCAUCGCGUAAUAUCAAUGUAACACUUAAAACAUUCGGCAACUGGAUAUAUGAACUAGCAGAAGCAGCAAGUAAGGUAUCGCCAGUUUUUAGUGCUGGAGCCAGUGUAGAUAAUGAAAGGCGCAAAGCGCAACGCAUUAAUUUUCACGAAGAAGAACCUCAGGGUGCAGUAGGCGAUAAGCACAAAAUUCUAGCAUGCUUUUAUUGCAAGGAGGCACAUGCGUUGAAAAAUGGGGCAAAUGAAACGUUGGCGGUUCAUCAUCAACUAACUUCACAAGCGCUGUACAGAAUUGUUCCAGUUACAAUAUAUGGAAAUGGUGUUACCUGCAACAUUUAUGCCUUUCUGGAUGACGGAUCUGGUCCAACGUUAAUAGAAAAAGACGUAUUAAGACAACUGCGGAUUAAAGGUGAAACGAAAGAUCUUUGUUUACGAUGGACAGAUGGUACGGUACGCAAGGAACCUGAUUCUGAGCUGGUCAACCUGCAAGUCUCCAAAAUACGCGAAGGUAAAAGGUAUUCGUUGUGCAAUGUGCGUUCAGUAGCUAAGCUGGAGCUACCCGAGCAAUCUUUAAAUAUGACAGAACUUACCGAUAAGUAUAAACAUUUAAAGGGACUACCAGUAGAAUCGUAUCAAAACGUUAGGCCUCGAAUGAUAAACGGCCUAAGCAAUAAAGAGGUAGCUAUGCCAAUGAAGUUCAGAGAGGGAGGCAAGAAUGAGCCAGCUGCAACGAAAACUCGACUCGGGUGGACCAUAUAUGGAAUAAUUAAGCACGAACCUAAUACUAUUAGGGAAACGUUAAAUUUACACAUCUGUGAAUGCGAUGAUGAUCUAAGUUUGCAGCGUUUAGUGAAAGAUUUUGUCAGUAAUGAAAACGUUAUUGAAACAAGAUUGCUUUGGAAAUCAAAUAACAUUACUAUGCCGGAUAAUUACUUAAUGGCGUUGCGUAGACUUCAGUGCUUUGAGCGCAAGCUGCAAUCCAAUGUAACAUUGCAAAGCUGGGUAUGUGAUCACAUCGAUGACAUGAAGGCGAAAGGUUAUAUACGCCAGCUGAAAUCUAACGAAGCCGAGGGGUAUUAUCCACGUAAAUGGUACUUACCGAUGUUUACAGUCAGUAAUCCGAAUAAACCACAAAAGCAAAGACUAGUGUGGGAUGCAGCUGCACAAUAUGACGGAGUCUCGUUAAAUGCGUGUUUGGAGAAAGGUCCAGAUCUGCUCACUUCGUUGGUAGAUGUUCUUGUUAAUUUCAGAAUCGGAAAAAUUGGUAGAAGUGGCGACAUUAAAGAGAUGUUUCAUCGAGUACUCGUGAAAGAAGAAGAUCAACAUUCACAACGCUUCCUGUGGAGAAAUUGUGACGAUAGCAGACCACCAGACGUUUAUUUGCUACAAGUUAUGAGUUUUGGGGCAACAUGUUCACCAUCGUUGGCACAACUGGUAAAAAAUAGUAAUGCACGCGAAUACGAAACCGAGUUUCCGCGAGCAGUGAAAUGUAUUUUACAAAGGCAUUAUGUAGAUGACAUGCUGGAUAGCGUCGACACAGUGGAGGAAGCGAUUAAUCUAGUCAAUGAGGUUAGAAAUAUUCAUAAGAAAGCAAAUUUCCAUAUUCGCAAUUGGGUUUCAAAUUCUAACGCAGUGCUGAAAGCUAUAGGUAACCAAGGCCAGGAAUUUCAAUUUUGCUCGGCUGGAAGGCGUAUAGACCAUACAUUUGAGGCAGAGAAGGUAUUGGGAAUCCAUUGGCAAACCGACACUGAUAUGCUCACAUUUGAUCUGAAGUUUACCAAAGCCACUGAGGAUGUUCUAAGUGGAUAUAGAUUACCUGCGAAGAGAGAGUUGCUACGAUUGAUGAUGUCAAUAUUCGACCCUUUAGGGAUGCUUACCUUUUACAUUAUUGACGUAAAAAUUUUGUUUCAAAAAGUUUGGCGAAGUGGAGUUAGCUGGGAUGACGCUAUUCCUAAUGAGCUAGUUGAUGAGUGGAACAAAUGGCUGUCGCUGCUUGGCGGUGUGAAAAAUGUGAAGAUACCGAGAUGUUACUUCGCUACGGUUAAUAAGGAUGCAGACUCCAUUGAAUUGCAUGUCUUUGUGGACGCAAGUGAGGUUGCAUAUGCAGCGGUGGUGUACCUAAGAGCGAAGAAUCGCAACAACAUAGAUGUUUCCUUGAUAUGUUCUAAAGCAAAAGUUGCACCAUUACGACCAAUAUCAAUUCCAAGACUGGAAUUACUCGCGGCGGAAUUGGGAGCACGCUUAGGAAACAACAUAAAAAGGGCAAUAGACUUGAAAGUGACCAGUAUAACGUAUUGGAGCGAUUCAAAGGCUGUUCUAUCGUGGAUAAAAUCUGACCCACGAGAUUACAAACAAUUUGUAAUGUUCCGCAUAGCAGAAAUCCAGGAGUUGUCCGAAGCAGAACAAUGGCGGUACGUUCCUACAAAAUUAAAUGUUGCGGACUUGGCUACAAAACAAACUAGUAAUCCAGACUUUACUUGGAAAAACCCUUGGUAUAAGGGACCGAAGUUCCUGUAUGAAGCAGAAACUUGUUGGCCAAAUAAUGUUGGCGUACAGAAAUAUAACGAAGAUGCUGAAAUCAGAAAGCAACGAUUGUUGGUGGCUCAUGUAGCAGAGGAGGAACCUCUCAUAGAUGUCUACCGAUUUUCAAAGUGGGAACGUUUAGUUCGAUGCAUGGCCUAUGUGAAAAGAUUUAUGUCUUUACUAUCAACUAAUGAAAUGAAAAAGAAGAAAUCUGUAAACCAAUGCUUGUCAGUUGAGGAACUGAAAUGGAGUGAAAAUUUCUUGUACCAAACAGCCCAGUUACAGGAUUACAAGAAAGAAAUGACUGCAUUAAGUAGAGACGCUAAUAUUACUCUUUCUAAAAGUAGCCCUUUGCGAAAACUUUCACCAUUCAUAGAUGCACAGAAUGUUUUAAGAUUGAAAGGUAGAUUAGAUAAAGCCGUAUGCAUCGCUGAUUCAACCAAAUUCCCAAUUAUACUAUCAAGGAAAAACUACAUAACUAAGUUGAUCGUAGACUGGUAUCAUCGAAAAUGGAAACACCUAAAUCAUGAAACGGUGGUUAACGAAAUCUUUCAGAAAUACCACAUUCCGGGACUGCGUAGACUGUUAAAGCAGGUAAGAAAUAAUUGCCAACAUUGCAAGGUUCGCGAUGCGAGUCCAAAGCCGCCGGAGAUGAGUGUGUUACCAGAAGCACGACUAUCAGCAUACUCCCGACCAUUCUCACAUGUUGGAAUAGAUUAUUUUGGCCCGUAUACUGUAACAGUAGGAAGACGCUCAGAGAAGCGCUAUGGCGUCGUUUUUACAUGCCUUACGUGUCGAGCAGUGCAUUUGGAGAUAGCUUAUAGCCUGUCAGCCAGCUCGUGUUGUAUAGUGAUACGAAAUUUCAUAGCCCGAAGAGGAGUGCCGAAUGUCAUCUAUAGUGACAAUGGAACAAACUUAACAGCAGCUGAAAAGGAGUUACGAGAAUCAAUAAGAAACGUGGACUUCAAUGAAUUGCAAGCUGAAUUUACAAGUCCGGAAACACAAUGGGUUUUUCUUCCACCAGCUGCGCCGCACAUGGGUGGAGCGUGGGAGCGGAUGGUGCGAUCCAUAAAAACAGUGUUAGGAGCAAUAAUAAGCCCGCAAGCAAAAAUUAAUGAUGAAAAGAUGCAUAACCUGUUCUGCGAGGUAGAAUCAAUCAUAAAUAGCAGACCGCUCACUUAUUUGUCGAUUGAAACAGCAAGCGAAGAAGCGUUAACUCCGAAUCAUUUCUUGUUGGGGUCAUCUUCCGGGAACAAGCCGCCGGAGAAGUUCGAUACUAACGACGAGCACGUAAAAUCCUCCUGGAGGCAUUCGCAAUACCUUGCCGAUCGGUUCUGGAAAAAAUGGAUACAAGAGGUGCUUCCAACGAUGACAAGACGGACGAAAUGGUUUGGUAAGAUAAAACCCAUCGAAGCAGGUGAUGUCGUCAUUAUUGUUGACCCAAAUUCUCCUCGCUACACAUGGCCGAAAGGAAUUGUAAUUAGUGCCAUUAAAGCAAGGGACGGGCAGACCAGGAGCGCCAUAGUGCAGACUACUCGAGGGCAAUAUCAUAGACCUGCUGCAAAAUUAGCCGUAUUAGAUGUUCGUGGAGCGGCAGUUUAG